CGAGCCGGGCCCCCCGCCCAGCCCGCCGGGGCGCUGCGAGCAGCGGGCGCUGCCCCGCCGAGGGACCCGCACAGCCGGGCCAGCCCAAGGGUCACCGAGCUGCCCCCACCCAGAGCCGGCACAUGGGCCAGCAGCGUCCCCCCGCCCGCCGCGGAUGACGGCAGCGUCCUGCAGCAGCUGUGCCACCCACGAGAGCUGUGCCACCCACGAGAGCUGUGCCACCCACGAGAGCUGUGCCACCUGCAGCAGCUGUGCCACCCACGAGAGCCACGCCCAGCCCGUCUUCAUGAGGGACAGCCCUGGAGCCCAGAGGGACACACGGUGCUCAGGAUGCUGAGUCUGGCCCAGUGCUGAGCCCAGCGAGCUGAGAGCUGCAGGGAGGUCUGCGAGGGCUCUGCCACACCGUCCCUGAGCCAUGGUCUAGGAAGCACCGGGACCAUGAAGGGCUUAGGAGACAACAGAAGCCGCCAUCUCUCCGAAAACCUGGACUCCCCUCAAGACUCUCUUUAUGCCCCCCAGGACAGGAACCCUUAUCUCCUCAGCCCCACCGACUCCUUCACCAUGGAUCCCCGAUUCCCAGCCCAGAACACCGUCCACGGCGACUGUCUCCUGCCGCUCAACAACCAGAUCUCCAACAGCAGCACCUUCCCCCGCAUCCAUUACAACUCCCACUUCGAGGUCCCGGAUGAAAACCCUUUUCCGAGCCAUGCCCAAGCCACAAAGAUCAACCGCCUGCCUGCCAACCUCCUCGACCAGUUUGAGAAGCAGCUGCCCAUCCACAGGGACGGCUUCAGCACGCUGCAGUUCCAGCGCAGCGACGCCAAGCACCGCAGCGAGAGCCCGGGCCGCAUCCGGCACCUGGUGCACUCCGUGCAGAAGCUCUUCGCCAAGUCCCAGUCCCUGGAGGGCCCCGCCAAGGGCAACGUGAACGGGAAGAAGGGGGCAGAUGACACCAAGCAAAACCGGAGGAGCAAGAGCAAGGACCGGGCCAAGACCUCUGAGCCCAAGCGCAGGACCAGGUCCAACAUCUCGGGCUGGUGGAGCUCCGAUGACAACCUGGACAGCGACACCUGCAGCUACCGCAACCCCAUGGGGCUGAUGACGCUGGGCCGGCAGCCCGACCACAGCCAGCCAAAGUACUUCAUGCACGCCUACAACACCAUCAGCGAGCACAUGCUGAAAUCCUCCAAGAGCAAUAACGACCUCAAGGUCACCCCUUGCACCAAUAUCCCCAUCAACAACGACUCCAACUACAUCAAGCGGGGCUCCUGGUCCACGCUGACGCUCAGCCAUGCCCGGGAGGUGUGCCAGAAGGCCUCCGCCACCAUCGACAAAGCCUUGCUCAAAUCCAAGUCCUGCCACCAGGACCUGGCCUACCACUACCUGCAGGACGCGCCGGCGUGCCCGGCCAGCCCUGCCCUGCCCAGCUUCCCCGGAGCACUGGUGCCCCACGGGGAGUGGAACAGCACGCUGUCCCGGGACAAGGACAGCGAGAUCCCGUGCCGGCGCAUGCGCAGCGGGAGCUACAUCAAAGCCAUGGGGGAUGAUGACAGCGAGGACUCAGAAACCAGCCCCAAACCAUCCCCGAAAACUGCAGCUCGGAGGCAGAGUUACCUCAAGGCCACCCAACAGUCCCUGAGUGAGCAGAGCACCACACAAAGGAGCCUGGACCGCCUGGACUCUGUCGAGAUCCUCCUACCUCCGAAGUUCCCCACCUGGGAGGAAGAAUACAACCAGAUCUCUGACAGUGCCAACGAGUCCAGCUGCAUCAACCAGAUCUUUGGACCCCCCUCACUUAUCCCUCAGAUAUUUACCCAUGGAGAGCAGGCACCCGAGCCGGAGCUGGGGGAGCAGUACGAGCCCGUCUGCGACUCCACCUACAGCGAGGCCGAGUCGGCGGCCGCGGAGGUGCUGGACCUGCCCCUGCCCAGCUAUUUCCGAUCCCGGAGCCACAGCUACCUCCGCGCCAUCCAGGCGGGCUGCUCCCAGGAGGACGACACGGGCUCCGUGCGCUCCAUCUCCCCGCCGCCCACGGGCAGCCUCAGCGGCAGCAGGACCCUGCCCACCAACAGCAGUUCAUCAUGCCUAGUGGCAUAUAAAAAGACUCCACCUCCCGUCCCACCUCGGACCACGUCCAAGCCCUUCAUCUCUGUCACUGUGCAGAGCAGCACUGAGUCAGCCCAGGACACCUACCUGGACAGCCAGGACCACAAGAGUGAGGUCACCAGCCAGUCGGGGCUCAGCAAUUCCUCAGACAGCUUGGACAGCACCAGGACACCCAGCGUCACCAGGGGCAGCGUCGUGACUGCAGCCAGAGACACUCCAGAGUUACCUCAGAAAAAUGCAACUUUGAAAAGUGACAAAGGGACUCUGACUAACGAAGAGCCUAAAGUGGAGAAUAUCCCCAAAAGAAAGCUAUCAUCUAUAGGAAUACAAGUUGACUGCCUUCAGCCAGUGGCAAAAGAGGAGCCUCCUCCACCAGCCACCAAAUUCCAGUCCAUCGGGGUACAGGUAGAGGACGAGUGGCGGAACAGCCACUCCCGCAGCAUGUCCUCCAAACAGGACACAGACUCUGACACGCAGGAGCCCAAUAACUCCAGCUGUAAAUCAUCUGAGAGAAGCCUCGCUGAGUGCCCCCAGCACAACAACUCCGUUGGUGUUGAUGCCUCCACCAGGCAACCAGCCAAGCCCUCACAGAUUAAGAGAAACCUCUCCUAUGGAGAAAACAACGACCCGGCCCUGGAGCCUUCCUCUCUCCCUCCUCCUGACCCCUGGCUCGAGAGCUCCUCCACGUCGCCGUCGGAGCCGGCGCAGGCGGGGCCCUGCCGGCGGGACGGCUUCUGGUUCCUGAAGCUGCUGCAGGCAGAGACCGAGCGCCUGGAGGGCUGGUGCCGCCAGAUGGACCAGGAGACCAAAGAGAACAAUCUCUCUGAGGAAGUCUUAGGAAAAGUCCUGAGUGCAGUGGGCAGUGCACAGUUACUAAUGUCACAGAAGUUCCAGCAAUUCCACGGCCUCUGUGAGCAAAACUUGAACCCUAAUGCCAAUCCCAGACCCACAGCCCAGGACUUGGCUGGAUUUUGGGAUCUCCUCCAGCUGUCCAUUGAAGACAUCAGCAUGAAGUUUGACGAGCUGUACCACCUCAAAGCUAAUAGCUGGCAAUUGGCAGAGACACCGGAGAGAAAGGAAGAGAAGAAGCCACCGCCUCCAGUGCCAAAGAAGCCAGCCAAGUCCAAAUCGCAGCUGGGCCGGGACAAAGGCUCCGACUCGGACAAGCAGCGGCAGGAGGCGCGGAAGCGGCUGAUGGCGGCCAAGCGCGCGGCCUCCGUGCGGCAGAACUCGGCCACCGAGAGCGCCGACAGCAUCGAGAUCUACGUCCCCGAGGCCCAGACCCGCCUCUGAGCCCAGCCACGGCCAGCCUGCGGCUUUUAUAAGUCAUUAAAUGGGAAAAAAAAGGUUCUCUUGAAACCUGUGUGAUUUAUUCAGUCUAGAGACAAUGAGCCAUCCUUGAAAAGGGCUCCUGAGUUGGCUUUUUUCUCUCUCAGCUUUAAGUAAUGAAGAUUUUAACAAAAAAAAAAAAAUACAAACAAAAAAAAAUUAAAAAAAAAAAGAAAAAAUGCCCCUCGUUUUCUCCCCAGCUGUGGUGUUGCUGAAUAGACUGGACAGACUCCUGGGAACUCCAGCCCCUCGACUUGGAACUUCAGUCUUUUUACUUGUUCUAUCUCAUGAGAAUUAUUAGCUUGUUUACAAGAAGAGGACAAGAAAACACGAAGCCUCGAGCACUUGCCAUGCUGUGUUCUUCCUCCUCCUCAGAUCUGUUCUGCCCUUCUCAUCCUUUAUUUUUCCCUCCUCCUGCUCCCGUUCCCCACCCUUUGCAUGGUUUCGGUUCCCGUGUCCGGACCCCCCUGUCCCCGCAGAGGGCACCUGUGGUGUGUCAUCCCUGCUGCCCUCUCCAGCCAGCAGCCUGCUGGGCUUUGUGUUCCUGGGAUGGGGGUGCUGGGCUGGGGGAGGACGGGCACAGGGGGCCCCAUCUUCAGCUUGUUGGAGGGAGAGGACGCCGGGGCUGUGGAAUGUGGGGUUGAAAUGCAGCCCAGAGCAAAAUGUGCAAUAAACCUGGCGCAGGGGACCCCGAGAGCCGGAACCCGCUCCGGAGCGGAACUGAAGGAGCAGAGAGCACGAGCACAGCACUAUGGUUUCCCUCCUCUUCCCCUUCCUACACCGCUGUCCUUGGCUGGCUGGUGGAGAGAGGAGCUGCUGCAGCAGGGGCUGUGGGGUCAGCGUGUCCAGGAGGAGACAGGAGGGUGUACAUAUGCACAUAUACACUUAGUAGUACCUGUAUAGUAAUUCCUACACACGGAUCCUGCCCACGCCACCGCGGGGGUGGGCAGAUGUAUAGCAUAUAUUUUUACAUGUACUAUAUCUAGAUGUGUGUCCAAGUGUGUGUAAAAAUAUAUACCCUGUGUGUAAGCAGAUGACUAUUUUUUCCUUAUCUCCCUGCUCUCUGGGUAGAGGAAGGAUUGCUAAAUAUUUUUUAGCCCAUUUUUUCUUCCCCUUUGUAGGUCUCCUUUCUGGUCUGGCUCCUCGGAGCCAGAGCUGCCACCCCCUGAUUCUUUGCCACCCUCUCACACAGAAGGUUUUUGUCCCAUCCUGAGGGAUCUUGCUGGGGAUUUUUUUUUUUUUUCCUCUUCACACGUUUGAACAAGUUGGGAGAUUGUGUGCUACUGUCAUGGGGGUGGAGGUGGAAUCCCAGUGGUUUCAGUGAGAGUGUUGGUGAUCCAGAAGGCAAAAAAUAAAUAAAAGUGAAAUCCUGAACGA